AUUAUGACUUUUCUCUACAAACCCACUGACUACAAAGGUGUUAAAAUUUCUGCCACUGACAAUGAGGUAAUGACUGGUAAUGUGCCAAAUAGUGCAGUGAGCGUUCACCUACCAAGUGAGCUGGAUGCUGGACCGAAUAACACAAUUGUGUUCAGCAUGAUGCAGCUACCUAAAAAGAUUGCUCUGGAACGCUCAGAUGAAUUGUCUGACCGCAGAAUCAUCGGCCUGAGCGUGCGUGGCAAGAGAUUUUCAGGACUUCAGGAACCAGUCAGCUUAACCAUUAAUAUUACUACGGGCAGAAAUGAAGUCCUUACACCUUUAUGUGUAUUCCUAAACAUCAAAGAGAAAAGAUUCAGUACCGAUGGCUGUGAGACACAGCGUCAGAGUCAGAGCCACGUUACCUGUUCCUGUAAUCAUCUCACAUACUUUGGUGUUCUGAUGGUGUCUGCAGACCUGUCAGCUAAAGACCAGGAGGUCCUGUCCUACAUCACCUACAUUGGCUGUGGUAUUUCACUUACUGCCCUGAUCAUCGCCGUUUUGCUCUUCAUCACAGACAGAAAACUCAGAGGGGAUGAUUCCAAGAAGAUCCACAUCAGCCUCGCACUUUCUCUCAUCCUUCUCAACAUACACUUCCUCCCCAGCCAGGCAGUGGCAGCAAUGUCCUCCACUGAGCUUUGUCUUUAUGUGGCUGUUCUACUUCACUACUCUCUGUUGGCCUCUUUCACCUGGAUGGCCUUGGAGGGCUUACAUCUCUAUCUUCUCCUGGUCAAAGUCUUCAACAUCUAUGUCAGGAGAUACCUGCUCAAACUCAGUGUUGUGGGAUGGGGUCUUCCAGCAGUCAUCGUAUCAGUGGUGGUGAUCAGCAACAAAAACAUGUAUGGUCGUACCCCUCUGGAUUCAUCUAGACCUGAUUCGACAGCAGUAUGCUAUAUAACCAAUGACAAAGUGAAGAUGGGGACCACACUGGGACUGUUCAGCAUGGUGUUCAUCUUUAAUGUUUUUGUGUUUGGAGGGAUAGCUAAAUGGCUAAUGGGUGGCAACUUUAGCAAACAGAUGGCGGCAAGUAAGAAAAACAAAGCUAAGAGAGAAAUUUUCACCCUACUGGCACUGAUGGUUCUGUUGGGCCUCACCUGGGGCCUGAUCUUCUUCUCAUUUGGCCACCUGACCACUCCGGGCAUUUACCUUUUCUGCGUGCUCAACUCUCUGCAAGGUUUCUUCAUCUUCAUUUACUUUGUCCUGUCUAUAAAAAAGACCAAAGUGGCAUCUUUCAAGCCAAGCUCUGCAACCCACAGCACUAGACUUUGAACACAACCAGCAUCAUACCCAAAAUAUGUUUGGUAUUUGUAAAAUAAGGAUAUUUUAGAUCUUGUAGUGGAUGAAAACAAUGUGCAAUUGAAGCAAGCAUUCUAGACAAUACCCUAAUGUGACCAAUGUAUAAAGACACAAAAAUAUCCAAAACCAUCAAAAUGAAUGAAUAAAAAACAUCAUUAUUUGGCACAAAUAGAAAUCUGUGUAGCCAUAAUAUAAAAAAAAUCCUAAUCAGGAGUUAUUUUUGUCAACAUGCUUAAAAAAAAUUCACAAUACAAUUUUUCUUAUUUGGGGCUGAUUGAAGCCAAACUUGCCCUGAACUGAGGGAUUCCAAUGAGAACUGAUUGGAUAGGUUUAGGGACCAAAACAACUUCAAGCUAUGCACAUUAUUUUGUAGUUUAAAUACAUGCGGGUCUCCACAGACAAUAAGCGUAUUCCACAUUUUACAAUGAAAUUUAAAGUAAAAGGAGCAGUGAAAGUAUUUGUUAACGUUCAGCUGCAGGGUCCCCUCCAAACUGCAUACCACUGUUUGCAUGGGGAAAGACGGACUCGAUGCACUGGUCAUUAAUAAUGAGUAAAUAAGAUCAGUUAGAACUGCAAGGAAAUAUAUAACAUGUCUAACAACUUAAGAGCAACAAAUCUAGUGUUGAUUUAUAUCUCCAUUCCUUUUUCGUCUCCCUCCUGCUUUACCAUUGUGCAAAUUUAAGAUUCUUACUUUUUGGCUUUGUUUGAAAGUGAGACAUAAAUCAUGACAAAUAUGAAGAUUGAAAUAACAAAGAAGACAUAAGCAAAUAAGCUGCAUAUUUCAGCUUUAGUAAAGAAUAAAUAAAUAACAACAUUGUAUUCUAUGGACUAGAUACACAACUUACAAAAAAAAUAAAUAAAUAAAGAGACUGGCAGACUUUUAAGGCUGUUUUGUGUUGUUUAUUGUUGAGAAAAUAUUAGGUUUACCUGUAAAAUAAAUUCUGUGAAGUUUAUCUUAUGUCUGCAGAUUUUGGAUUUAUCAUUGAAUGGGAGAACAUUAAUAAACAACACAUUUGCCCAGCACAUGGUGAAAUUGUGGUAAAC